AUGCUUUCUGCAGAGAAACUCAACAUUCUCUCCAGCUACUACACUGCCUACCACCACAACUACCCGGAGGACAACCACCCGUCUGCCCACCACCACAACUACCCGGAGGACGACCACUCGGCGGCCCACCACGACUACCCGGAGGACGACCACUCUGCGGCCCACCACCACGACUACCCGGAGGACGACCACUCGGCGGCCCACCACCACGACUACCCGGAGGACAACCACUCGGCGGCCCACCACGACUACCCGGAGGACGACCACUCGGCGGCCCACCACGACUACCCGGAGGACGACCACUCUGCGGCCCACCACCACGACUACCCGGAGGACGACCACUCGGCGGCCCACCACCACGACUACCCGGAGGACGACCACUCGGCGGCCCACCACGACUACCCGGAGGACGACCACUCUGCGGCCCACCACCACGACUACCCGGAGGACGACCACUUGGCGGCCCACCACCACGACUACCCAGAGGACGACCACUCGGCGGCCCACCACGACUACCCGGAGGACGACCACUCGGCGGUCCACCACCACGACUACCCGGAGGACGACCACUCGGCGGACCACCACGACUACCCGACGGACCACCACCCGCCUGCCAACCACCACAACUCCCCGGAGGACGACCACCCGCCCGCCGACCACCACAACUACAAGGCCAACAACCACCCGACCAACAACCACCCCGACUACAAGGCCAACAACCACCCGACCAACGACCACCACAACUACAAGGCCAACAACCACACAGCCGCCCACCACCACAACUACAAGGCAAACGACCACCUGGCCAACAACCACCACGACUACAAGGCCAACGACCACACAGCCAAUGACCACCACGACUGCAAGGCCAACAACAACCACGACUACAAUGCAAACAACCACCCAGCCAACGACCACCACAACUACCCAACGAACCACCACCUGGCCGCCAACCACCACAACUACAAGGCCAACCACCACCCAGCCACCAACCACCAUGACUANCUACCCGACAAACUACCACCCAGCCACCAACCACCAUGA